UCCGCGUCUUAGAUAUUAUAGUUCCUCGCUUACACACCGCUCUUCAUUUCUUUGAACGCUGCGUGAAGGACGGAAGGAGAGUGUUAGUCGCACCGAGAUGUCUGGCAGAGGAAAAGGCGGGAAAGGGCUCGGGAAAGGCGGCGCCAAGCGACAUCGUAAAGUCCUGCGGGACAACAUCCAGGGCAUCACCAAACCCGCUAUCAGGCGUCUGGCUCGCCGCGGCGGCGUGAAGCGAAUCUCCGGUCUGAUCUACGAGGAGACCCGUGGUGUGCUGAAGGUCUUCCUGGAGAACGUGAUCCGCGACGCCGUCACCUACACCGAGCACGCCAAGCGCAAGACUGUCACUGCCAUGGACGUGGUGUACGCGCUCAAGCGCCAGGGACGCACUCUGUACGGCUUCGGCGGCUGAAGGCGCACUUCCGGUCUGCAGACUCUGAACAAACUCAAACAAACCCAAAGGCUCUUUUCAGGGCCGCCCAGGUCCUCUCUCUGAGAGCAAAGCCCAAAUUCGGUAUCUGUACUCUGUUUGGAAUUAUUGUGAGAUUUUUUUCAAUACAAUAAAAUGCUUCUGAUUCUAA